AGGGGAGAGCAAAAAGUCACUGAUGAUCCAGAUGUUAUAUCUCUUCCUAACAUUGAUUUCCUACGCAACAGGAGUGAUCUCACAAAAGAGAAUGUUACGGAUACGAACAAACGAAGCAACAUUGCACAGUCCAUUCAAAACAAUACAACCGUGUCAAAGCGUACUUCUACAGUUUUUGGUAGAGUUUCGAAGUUCCGCCACUUAAAAGGUACACCAGGACAGAGAGGAACCAAUAUUGAAAACAUACGAAAUCUCAGUCGGCAAAUUCCGGGAGAAUGCGAUGGAUUUCAUGCAAAUGCUGAACGCGUUGCAGUGCCGAUAGCAGGCGCUGGUGGGAAAAUUGCUGUACUAGAGUUGAAUAAACCUGGACGUCUUCCCGAUGGAGUAAUGGCGACACUGGUUAACAAACAAAAUAUAAUGGAUUUUCAAUGGGAUCCAUUUGAUGCGAAAAGACUGGCUGUUGCUUGUGACGAUGGGUCUGUGAAACUUUGGCUGAUCCCUGAUGGCGGACUGAUUGAGCCAACUAAUGAACCUGCUGCCGAAUUAGUUGCGCAUACGGAUAAAAUUAAUAUUAUUCGUUUUCAUCCUCUUGCCAAAAAUGUGCUACUUACAAUAAGCAGCGAUUUGUAUAUGAAAAUAUGGGAUUUGACCGAGAUGGUAGAAAAAUAUUGUCUGCGAGGCCAUACAGAUCAAAUUCUAUGUUUCUCCUGGAGUCAGUGUGGGAAGUAUGGCGCUACUAUCGCUAAAGAUACACGUAUUCGGAUUUUUGAGCCACGAAAGAAUGAGGAACCAAUCAGAGAAGGUACGGGACCAGUUGGCACACGCGGAGCUCGUAUUGUAUGGGCACUAGAAGACGAAUAUUUGGUAGUGACUGGAUUUGACAAAGUCUCGGAACGUCAGAUUUACGUGUAUAAAUCCACAGACCUUAACAUUCCUGUGGGAAUGGUAGGUUUAGACGUUUCGCCUGCUAUCUUAAUGCCUUUUUAUGACGAAGACAGCUCAACUUUAUUUGCUACUGGAAAAGGUGAUGUUCGGAUUUACUGUUUUGAAAUAACAGAUGAGACACCAUUCAUCUGUCCCUUAUCGCAUCACCGUUGCGCAUCAAUGACCCAAGGAUUAAGCUUUUUGACAAAGAAUAACUGCGACGUUGCCUCAGUUGAGUUUGCAAAAGCGCAAAGGCUUACUAAUGGCACAGUAGAAGCGCUAAGCUUUACAGUUCCCCGGAUUAAAUCAGAUUUGUUCCAAGAUGAUCUUUUCCCGCCCACCAAGGUAUUGUGGGAAGCGACUAUCACAGCAGAAGAAUGGUUUGCCGGCAAAGAUGUUGAACCAGCGCGAAAAAGUCUACAGCCUGUUGGAAUGGAUGCAUUGUCAUCUUUAAACAACCCGGCUGCUCAGAAUUUGAAGAAAAUUGAAUCAUCCGAAACGCCGUAUGGUUAUGCAAAAUCGCCAGUAAAGUCUGCAGAGCAAGUGAAAGAGGAGAUAAAGAACGCCGUCAGUGCACGAAUGCCUGUGAAUAAAACUCUCGAACAAGACAGCAUGGAAGGCGUAGAUGAAAAAGAGUGGGAAGAGUAACUAAAGGAAACUUUAUGAAGUUUUCAUAAUUAUCAUUUCAAAGCUUCUAACAUUCAUAACACUUAACCGUAUGCAUUAAAAUAUCUGCCGAGCAAAAUGCUACCUCAACCUGCCGAUGCAACCCGUAGCCCUGCUACCUCCCAAUCUAACAUACACCUAGUUAACUUUAUGCAAGGGUAAGAUGUGCUUAAGAUCGAUCCAAAUUUCAGAUAUCGAUGUUUAGUAAAGAUAUCAACGAUAAUAAAAUUUUCUUUAACGAUAUGCACGGCAGGUUGCUUCACAUGGUAUGAAUCACAUGAGCAGAUACAGGCAUUUUUACUAUUCCGCAAAAUGACAUUCAAUAACUAUUAUAACAGAUAGACUGACUCCUGAUGCUGUAAGUGCGGGAAUAUGAAACAACUGCCAAGAAACGAGAAGAGCCAUUUUUCUUUCAUAAAUCGUAUUGGUUUUUGCAAGGUUUGCUUAUUGUAGACAAUUUUACACACUUUAGACGUAUUUAACUUGAUGUAUGAAUUGAUUUAAUGAAAAAUAUGACGCUAUUUCCACGAUAAUAUAAUAACCUAAAUAUUCGCUGGAGAAAAUAGAAGACCCACAAAAAUAUGAAUCCAAAAAUAUCGCUUUUGAAAUUUCAGUUUAUUCCAUAAUAAAUGAAGAUCUAGUCAAAGUGACUUUUCAUCAAGAUACUCGUGGGUUGAAAAAGUUCCAAUGUAUAAGAAAGGAACGCAGCAGUAUCAGAUAUUAAAUUCCAUGAAAUUCGAGGCUUUUUGGUGAUUCGCUCUGUCUGUGUGUACGGGAAAACAUACUAAAGAGUCUGUUGUUUGAGGAAAUACUGAUCGUGAACUCAAACGAUGCCACUAAUUCUGAACAAAGCAAUUAAAACUACUCGAUUUAAUUUUAUCAGUGCCAUUAGUCGAAUGGAAGUUUCAUUUUUUUGAAUAUAUCUAUUAUUUUGCUUGUUAAGUUAAGCUUUGCUAUGGUUCGAUGCUUCGACUGAGAGAAUCAUUGUUUAAAUUAAGGAAAUGUACCACGUGUCUACGGCUCUGUCAUAUUUCGUGUCUGUUUAUCUACAGUAAAUGGCCAGUACAUCAGGUCUUACAAAUUAUAGUAAUAAUUAAAAUAUAGGUAGAAUACAUAAUAGUAUGAACAUUCUAUUUUGCACGAAUAUAUGAUGAAUGGUUUUUUCACUAUUUUACUUCGUAUGCUUCUUGCAAAAGUGCGUAGUACAGUGAUAGCAAACGCCAGGAUAGCGAUGACUUAAUUAUACUUCGAAAAUGGAAAACUCGCUUAUUACAUUUUAUGACAACUUUACAUUUUCAUGUGUUCCAUUGUCAAACACUAUGGGUUCGAAAAGGAGAAAAACAAUGUAUGUUUUUGAAGUCAGAAAACUAUAGAUACAUCAAUAAAAAUAUGACUCAUACUAACCAGUGCUAUUCUACAUCAUUUUCCGGUAGUUUCAUUCCGUUUCAGGAAAAAUCAGGAGUCCCGAAUUAAAUGUUCAUUAAUCUUUUUUUUUCGAAAAAAUAUAAAAGAAGUACCUUAUAUGUUGUUUAUUUACGUUAUACU